UCUUAGUCCUCUUCAGGGCCUCCGGCACCGGCCUCCCCUCCCCAGCUCGCUGCCCAGCCAGGACCCCCAGUUGUCCCCUUAGGCCGCCCACGACAGCUGAAGGGUGUGCAGGGGAGGGCACGGGGGUCCAGGCGGCGCUGGUCACACAUUUGUCGCUGGCGCUCAGGGGCCAUUCUCUCCGCCCCUCCCCCGCAGGCUCCGCACUAUUUUGGGUGGUGUAGACCCCGCCCCCACCUCCGACCGAGCCCUGGCUCUCCAGCCAGCUGGAGGGGUCGCUGCUCCAUUGGGGCUGCACCUCGGAUCAGGGCCUCGGACGCCUCUGCAGCCAUGUCGGGCCGCUCGGUGCCACAUGCCCACCCGGCCACCACCGAGUACGAAUUUGCCAACCCCAGCCGCCUGGGCGAGCAGCGCUUCGGAGAAGGCCUUCUGCCAGAAGAGAUCCUGGCCCCCACCCUCUACCAUGGCUACUAUGUCCGGCCCCGGGCCACCGCAGCUGGGGAGGGCAGCAGGGCAGGGGCCUCUGAGCUUAGGCUCAGUGAGGGCAAGUUUCAGGCAUUUCUGGAUGUGAGCCACUUUACCCCAGAUGAGGUGACCGUGAGGACUGUGGACAACCUGCUGGAAGUGUCUGCCCGGCACCCCCAGCGCCUGGACCGCCACGGCUUCGUGUCCCGAGAGUUCUGCCGCACCUAUGUCUUGCCUGCUGAUGUGGACCCUUGGCGGGUCCGCGCUGCCCUCUCCCAUGAUGGCAUCCUUAAUCUGGAGGCACCGCGGGGUGGCCGACACUUGGACACAGAGGUCAAUGAGGUCUACAUCUCCCUGCUCCCCGCACCUCCUGAUCCCGAGGAAGAGGAGGAGGCAACUGGAGUUGAACCCUGAGUGCCGUGGAGCUGGCUUGCGGCGAACCCUUUUCUACCUCCACCGUGAUAUGAACAGCUGCCCACCACCCCAGAGGUAGCAGUGUCCUUGGGGGAAGGGCAAAGUGCAUGGCCCACAAUGUAUGGUUUGGUCCCUUGAGACGUGUCGUAGCCUUUGGUUUAGUUCUGGGUGGAGGUGAAUAAACCCAAAUCUCAGGGC